AUUGUGCUAGAAAGAAUGUACAUCAGUCUCACUUGUUUUCUAUCUUUGGCCGGAAGGCCAUUAGACAAAGGCUGCAUAACAUUGUUGUUAAUAAAAAAACUUUCUCUUAAGACCCAAUUUUGGGAACCUUGGGGUUGGUGUAGGCCGACUACUGAUUCAUUGACUGUAAAAGGGGAUAACAAGAAGUUUGACAACACCUCUCUUGAAGGAGAAGUUGUUGAAGAGGGAACAUAUUUGAAAAGGUGCCAGCAGCAAGUGAUUGAGAGGGCUCUUACCGAGUUGCUUCUUCCUUCCAUAGAUCAAAGCUCUGAUGAAGCUCGCAAUUCUUUUGCAACUGACUUGGUAAAACAAUUGAGUUAUAUUGAGACACACAUAAUUGCUAUUACAGGUGGAAGUAAACCAUUGGGAGGUGCUCCUGCUGGAGUUGAAGGUCAGCCAAAUAAAGUAAAUAACCGCAAAAAUUUGAGAACUGGAAGUGCUGCAUUAUCUAGACGACCAAUAGUGGCAACAAGUUCUUCUCCACCAUCUCCUGCAGCCUUACGAGCUUCUAUGUCAUUACAAUUGCAGUUGCUCCUGAGAUUUCUUCCUACUCUUUGCACUGACAGGAAACAAUGGAACUGGAAAAUUGUGGCCAAAGUUGUAUGAAAUCAAGGUUAGUCCUAUAACGACACCCAUUGAUAAAGGAACCAUUGAGGAACUUUGCUUGCUAGAUAUCCACCACAAAGAGCUCAAACUCAAUAGACAAUAUUUGCUAAGCCAAAUUAAAAGGAAGACCUUAAGUUGCUUGAGGACUUUAAAAUUGGCUUUGGAAUAAAUGUAAGAUACAAGAUAUUUUGACAUUAAAUAAAAUUGUAUGUUUAUCUUUUA